AUGGAUGUAACUGAACUAAAACUAAAGUUUGAAGCAAUAAAAGGAAAAUAUGGUAUUGAUUUUGAUCCUAAACCAAAACAAAAUGUAAUAGGAUUGCUUCCUACUGGAUAUGGAAAGACAUUUUGUGCCGUUCUGUCGUCAAUGCUGGUCAACAUAGAAAAUCCUAUUUCAUUAGUUAUCUCACCUUUAAGGACACUUAUGAAUGACCAAAUACAGACUCUUAACAACUGGAACUUUACGGCCGUUAAAAUAGAGCCGGAUAUGGAUUCCGGAAUUGUUAAGGAUGUAAAAGAAGGCAAAUUCAAUUUUUUAUUUUCCUCCCCGGAAAUGGCUCUCAAACCGUAUUGGAAAGAUAUUUUCAUGUCAAAAGUGUGGAGAGAAAACACUAUUGCCCUCGUCGUAGACGAAGUACAUUGUGUGUCUGAAUGGGGCGAGGACUUCAGGAAAGAGUUCAGGCAUUUACACGAACUUCGAUCGGCAAUACGGGCCCCUGUCUUAGCACUAACUGCUACUUCUACAGAGGCUGUUAAACAAGACAUCAAAAAAUACCUACAGAUUGAUGAUGCGGUAGUUAUCGAAAAAUCACCAGACCGGACUAAUAUAUUCCUCGAUUUCCAAAAAGCCGACUCUACAGAUUUAGAAGAAAAAAUAGACUGGCUGUUGACUCAUCUACGUGAGAGAGGUUCAGCUGCGAAAAAAAUAAUUGUAUAUUGCUGCAGCGUAGAUAGAGUUGCCGAUGUAUUUAUUAUAUUACGGCGCAGUUUGGGAAUAGAUGCUUACGCGGAUAAUAUUAAAGAUUCCAAUCAUGCUCUGAUUGAAAUGUUUCAUAGGAGUAUACAUGAAAAGUCUAAAACCAGAAUUAACAGGAAAUUUAAGGACCCUAACUCAACUCUGCGUUGUUUAAUUGCCACUGUAGCUCUGGGUAUGGGCAUACAAAUUAACGAUAUAGAUAUAGUGAUGCAUCUUGGGAGUUGGAAAGAGAGUAGUAACCAGGAAUCCUUCCGUAGACAAAAACCAAUACUUACAUCAACAUGGCUCUAG